CCGUAGUGAACGUACGAACGACGGCGUGCCGGUAACGCGGUUGCGCGCAGCGACACUGAACGGCCGUGGCGGGUACGCCUCAGUGUACGACUUGGCGCAGCGACGGACGACACGGUACGGUGUGCGAAUCCCCGAGAUUGACGCGAGACGCCGAAGUAUUACAUUUAUUCCGCCAAGUGUUAGCGCGCGAAUGACUUAACCGAGCGACUGACUUCGGUGGCACGCGUGCAACCGAUCGAUCGUCAUAACCUAUUCGAGUGAAGAGUCCGGAUAUCGGGAAUCGUGCUCUUGUGUGAAACGUCGCUCUCCCGCGAAUCUCCGUAUAUUCGUACGGCUCCGUUACGACAACACAACGACGACGGACGACGACGUCGCCGACGGGCUUGUGCUACAUGAGUGCUUCGGACUGCGACAUCGCAUUGCUAAGGGCGGACGACUACCUGUCGCGAGGAUUUCAUCGGCGGACGGGUUCCUUGUCCUCGUAUUGACGGCGCCGUAGCCAAGAUCACGAUGACUAUGGACGUGAGCAAAUCCGAGACGAAUAAAAAUGGUUCGACGCAGCAGGAGUGCGCCGGCUGUAGGAAGACAAUUACGGAGAGGUACCUCCUCAAGGCCCUGGACUGCUACUGGCACGAGGACUGCCUCAAGUGCGGAUGCUGCGACUGUAGGUUAGGAGAGGUCGGCUCUACGCUCUACACCAAAGCUAAUCUUAUCCUCUGUAAGAGGGACUACCUCAGGCUCUUUGGGAACACGGGAUGUUGCGCGGCGUGUAACAAACAAAUACCAGCAUUCGAGAUGGUCAUGAGAGCCAGAACGAACGUCUAUCAUCUUGAUUGUUUCGCCUGUCAACAGUGCACCCAUCGGUUUUGCGUGGGCGAUCGGUUUUAUUUGUGCGAGAACAAGAUUCUCUGCGAGUACGACUAUGAGGAGAGGCUAGCCUUUGCUAAUAUGGCGUUACAGUCACCCGCCUCAUUAGCAUACAUCAAAAGGCAACUUCCUCCCACACCGACGCCCCCGGGCCAGAACAUGCACCCGGGACACAACCCGCUUCAAGCUCAUCAAGGUUUGGGGCAGCCGGUAGCCCAGCACAAUCACGUGCCCAAUGGUCAAAUGUCAGGCGGCACGCCAACGGUGAAUGGGACGGCUAUUGGGGUUGGCGGACCGAGGGCGCCGGGUGACAUGAACAACAACGGCCUGUCCGGUCCUGCCCUCGGGCCCGUAAAGCCGCCUCCGAUGUCGAUGCAGGCACCGACCAGCUGAAACGAGGCUUCGCCGCCUCUGAAGAAGCUCAGGUGUCUCAGCGGUUACUAAAGCCGACGAGAGUUCUUUUCGAUCGUGGAAUAUAAUUGAGGAUUCCAGACGACGGAAGGGGCGAGGGAAGUAUACGUUGCACCGCUGAGAAUGGUUGGGUGGACGAGAAAAAAAAAAAA